UCGCUCAGUUGUUUUUAUUUGCUAGCGAGCAUUUUGGUGUAGUGCGUUCGGUACCCAUAAAAUCUCUUUUUAGAGCGUGUGCCGGUAUACAAACAAAACAUUUUCUAUUAUAACGCACUUAACCACAGUAUAUGCAAUAAGCGACUGCCGUCUGUAGCGACUAAGCGUGUUUGUUCGUCUUUUGACGUGGCUGAGCUUGAUACGCAGACAUUAGCCGCCAUCAUCACCAGAUCGACGUGUGAGUCUUCAAUGGAAACAUCUUUUCACGAUGAAUUGUCGCUCCGAAGUUCUUGAAGUCACAGUGGAAGCGAGGCAGGUGGAAGAAGCGAUGCUGGCCUUGCUGCACACUAUCUUACUGCAUCGCAGCACCGGAAAGUUUCAUUACAAGAAAGAGGGCACCUACUCCAUCGGCACGGUGGGCACCCAGGACAUAGACUGUGACUUCAUCGACUUCACCUUCGUCAGAGUGACCUCAGACGAGCUGGACAGGGUGAUCAGGAGGGCUGUGGCCGAAUUCAAGGAUGCUUUGAGCAACUCUGGCAGUGAUGGCAUGGGUCAGAUCUCCUUGGAGUUCUACCAGAAGAAGAAAUCCCGCUGGCCUUUUUCUGACGAGUGCAUCCCAUGGGAAGUGUGGAACAUCAAAGUCAGUGUUGUCAACCUCGCCAACGAGCAGGAGAGACAGAUCUGCAGAGAGAAGGUGGGUGAGAAGCUGGGAGAGAAAGUCAUCAACGUUGUAGAGGUUAUAAACCGCCAUGAAUACCUGCCGAAGAUGCCGACCCAGUCAGAAGUGGACAAUGUUUUCGACACCAGUCUCAAAGACGUCCAGCCGUACCUUUACAAAAUCACGUAUCAGAUCACUGACUCACUGGGGACGUCUGUGAGCACCACCAUGAGAAGGCUGAUUAAAGACACCCUGGCACUCUGAAGAUGGAAACUGACAACUGUUACCAUGUUUAAAAACACGCUUGAUGAAGAAGCAGAAGAGUAAGCAAUUUUGGGGCGUGUUCCACUGCUGCUUCUUCCUCAAAUGUUUGAUCAUGUAAUUCUCCAAUAAUACUUAAUGGUUAGAAGGUUUUUUUUCUUGAAUUGUCCCCAAUUGCCACAUUAAGAAAGCAGUUUUUACACACAUGUAAAUAACGUGUAAUAAUUAAAAGUGUAGAAAGUGUUGCUCCAACUGACAAAUCUAUAAAAUAAUGUACAUUUUUGACAAUAAAUGUUGAUUCUAAGUGUAAAA